AUGGUUCCAGGAGCAUUAUAUCACUCUCUCUUUUUAUAUCUCUCCACCGAGGUCAUGUUUGGGAAUGAAAGAGAAAAAUCAUGGUGCAGCCAGUUUUUUUAUAAAAGUAUCCAACAAUUUAAUAAAAAUUUACACUCACAAAAAGGGUGUCUUCACCGACACCAGUAUAACAGCAUAAAACAGCAAAUGGUAUAACAGUCUCCUGUUCCCCGUACACUCACUACAGCGCUCGUGACUUAAUUUUCUCCACAAACGUCAGCAUCCAGUAAGCUUACUGGAUGCUGACGUUUGUGGAGAAAAUUAAAAUUGGACAUUUUUGUUUUUUUAUAUUCACAAAUUUAAUUAUUUAAAUUACUUAUGUUUUGCACAUAAUUUUGAUAUUUUUUGUUAUUAAUUGAUAAUA